GGUGAACGGGGUGGACCUGCGCGGGGCGUCUCACGAGGAGGCCAUCGCCGCCCUGAGACAGACGCCGGCGACGGUCCGACUGACGGUGCUGAGGGACGAGGCGCAGUACAGAGACGAGGAGAACUUGGACGUCUUCAAGGUGGAACUGCAGAAGAGGAGCGGCCGGGGGCUGGGACUCAGCAUCGUUGGGAAGAGAGACUUAACGACUGUGUGUGGAUGUGCAAGGAGUGGCAGUGGUGUGUUUAUCUCUGAGGUGGUCAGAGGGGGCGCCGCUAAGCUGGACGGUCGUCUGAUGCAGGGAGAUCAGAUCAUGUCAGUCAACGGAGAAGACACAAGACAUGCCUCCCAGGAAACUGUCGCUGCAAUACUGAAGUGUGCUCGAGGUCUGGUCCUGUUGGAGCUCGGACGACUCAAAGCUGCAUCCUGGAUCACCUCCAGACGCAACUCACAAGGAAGCCAGAUGAGUCACGUGAGUGGGAACAGCUCAGGCAUUGUGGCUCCACCCCUCACACAUACCUCAACAUCACCUGACCCUGUGAACUCUGACCCCCCGACAAUGACCCCCACUGGCUUAUUGCCCCUUAACAACAACAUGGAGACCACCAGUGACAUCACUUCCUCCUCUAACAACACAGGGGUAGAUGCUGGUAUCCGAACAGUGGAGAUCACACGGACUGUCAGUGACUCUCUCGGGGUGAGCAUAGCUGGGGGGAAGGGCAGCCCGCUGGGUGACAUACCCAUCUUCAUCGCCAUGAUUCAGGCCAACGGUGUCGCUGCCAAAACGCACAAACUAAAGGUGGGGGACAGGAUCGUCAGUAUUAACAGUCAGUCUGUGGACGGUCUGUCGCACAGCGAGGCCGUCAGCAUGCUGAAGAACAGCUACGGAAAAAUCAGCCUGAAGGUGGUAGCAGACACUAACAUCAGCGCCAUCGCCACUCAGGUGGAGAGUUUGACCAGCGGCUCCAUUCUGUCAGCACACACAGCCGAGCCAGAGUCCCCACGGCCCCGCAGCAUCAGUCUGGUGAAAGGAUCUGAGGGACUUGGCUUCAGCAUCGUUGGAGGAUUCGGCAGUCCACAUGGAGACCUGCCCAUCUACGUCAAGACCGUCUUUAGCAAGGGCACGGCGGCUGUGGACGGGCGUUUGAAACGAGGAGACCAGAUCCUGUCUGUGAAUGGAGAGAGUCUGCAGGGGGCCACGCACGAGCAGGCCGUCAGCAUCCUGAAGAGACAGAGAGGAACCGUCACACUGGACAUCCUGUCAUAACACACACACACACACAUACACACACACACACACACACACACACACACACACACACACACACACACACACACACACUUUGCAUGCAUACACACUCUUUUGACUCUUGGACUACAAAUAAUUGUGGAUCAAGAACUCUGAACUUUCCAUUUUGCAAAAACAAAGCAACAGCAUCAGACGGUGUCAACAUACACACACACACACACACACACACACGCACACACACACACACACACACACACACACACACACACACACACACGCACACACACACACACACACACACUUCCUGUGGGUGAAAACGCCGAUGUCUGUGUGUCUUACUUUAAUACCUUAAACAGAGUUUCUUAACUUUGGGGUCGGGGGCCAUAGAUGUGAUCCUGAGAAACAUGUGACACCAAAACAUCUUUAACUCGACAACUAUAACACAUUUUAGCGUGAAUGUUUGAACUACAUCUUAUCCAUAAAAUAGAUGGAAUAUUUUAGCCAAAACCAUAACCUCAUGGUGACACCAUAGAGUCUGGGAUUCAUCAUCUGAGUCACAUGAAUGACAAAAUGGCAAAUCCAUCCAACGGUCUCAAAUACGUUUUAGUUAGCUAGUGCUAACCACAAAAAUGGAAAUACUUGUACAUGGCAUCCCCAGACAGAAAGGUUAAGAAAACUCUGUUACUAAACACACUACCAACUCAGAAUAACAUCUAAAAACAAAACACUAUCAAUAUGGAGUCACGUUGGAGCAACAUUUAAAUCCAACCUGUGCUGGUGAAUGCAGUCAUACACAUAGACAACUUUAUAAUCCAGAGGAACAAAAGGGAGGGGAAAUAUGUUUUCUCUGACACUGCUGCUCACGUUAGCUUAUCAUCUCCUCUGUGGUCCAAGACUGGUGAAGUGUUAGCCUCAGAGGAAGAGUUACUUUAAAUAUGGAAGCCACCAGAAGGGAGAGUGUAGACUUUAACACCACUGAUUGUUCCAACACUAAAACAGAAACAGCUGUUAUAGAUAAGAAAACUAGUCAUCAAAAUGGAAGAACACUGUAUUUUCAAACAUGGUAAUGGAAAUGUGGGACUUUAAUUUAAAAUAUCUCUUACAUCUUUGGCACAAAUAUAAUAUUUAAUUUCAAUUUAAUUGAAAAAUGUUACUAACAUAUUUGCAGUCCCAGACUUCUACAAAUUUAAAAAUACUUCGUUAUCAGAUUGCACAUGUCUUUUUUCUGUGGAAUAUGUCCAUGGUUUAUUGUUUUCAGUUCAACAUUUUCAGAGAAAUCUUAAGUUUCUUAUUUAGAAAAUUAUAUUAAACAAAAAACAAACUGAACAUUGAAAACUAUGAUCCGUAAUAGAGACACUGUUUGAUGUGAUAAAGUGUCCCUACAGUAUGUAUACAAAACAUAUCCUGAAGUUUUCCAUAAAUGUUCUGUUUAAUCACAGUUAAGUUAAAGUUUUUGAUUUAAUUAUUCGGUUCUCAUAAAAAGUGCUAUAUUUUGAUAAACUUUUAAUUUCUCAUACAAAUGCAUUUUUCUUCCAGUAAUAAAUCCAUACUGACACACAAAAGAGAACAUUAUAUAAAUGUUAAUGCUCAUGUGUCUCCAUGGAGAUGAUUCUCAGGACUUGGUGGGCUUGGAGAUCCCCUGUGGCCCCGGCAACAGAUACAGUGUCUUCCACAUGAUGUUAUCAUGGAAAGAAAGAUUAUAAUAACAAUGAUCCGUGGAGAUUAUAUAUUGGCUUUCUAGAUGUAGACGUCAAUAAAAGCAACAGACUGACAAAUAAAGUAAAGGGAUCUUCACUUAGCCGUUUAAGAUAUCAGUUUCAUCUCUGGUUAGCCUUGCUUUGCACAAAGACUGAAAGGAAACUAUUAGCCUAGCUUAUUUGACGGAAAAACCCCUUCAACAACACCAAAGUAGAUUAUAUUUAGAAACAUAUAUCUAUUUAGUUAACACUCACGUUAGCACGUUUGAAUUGAUGAACACCUGCUGCAACCUUAUUCUUAGCUAGCAUAGUACUUUAGCUUUAACAGCUAGCUGGUUGAAAAGACAACAUUUAAAUUGGCUAAUAUUCUAAACUGCCAAAAUGUUCCCUUUUCUUCAUUUAAAGUAAGUAAUAUUUAUAUAUAACCUGUGUUACUUAUAAAUGUUGAAAGCUAUCCCUAAUAUUAGAGAAGGUAGGUUUCCAUAAAAAGCUAAUGAACAUAGCCUUAGUUUAGAGGGAGAACAAGAGGACGGUCCAACAUGUCACUGUUGCUUUUAAUCUUAAAUUCUACAACGAGAAGGUAGUUGUUUCUUCGGAACAUCAACUUCUAGUAUUGCUAACGUCUGGUACCACAUUUUGAUGUGUAAGUGAAGUAUUUAGCAGCAGCUGUAGGCGUCAGGGUGGAGAACAGUUUGUCUCCGCAGGGUCCUGUGAUAAACAUAUCAAUCAAUUACAAAAUGCUCAGCUUUUUUGUUGUCAUAAUUACUGUCUUAAUUGUUGCUACUUUUAUUUGUAGUUGUCAAAGUUGAUUAACUGUAAUUUAUUUUUGCCGGAAAUUAACGAUGUCUUUUUUUGUUAAUAUGAGCACCGAUCAGUUUGUGCCAGUGUCUGAAUAAUUGUGUGAACAGUCAGAAACCCUGCAGCUUUGGUUAGCCUUCACACCGGUCUCUUUCAGAGUCGCUGCCAAAAACCAGCUGAGGUUGCACUUUAUUUUACGUAAUUUCCUAAUCAUUUCAUGUCCUGUCAUUGGUACUAUUUGCAGAAAAUAAGAUCUUGUAGUCAGAGCACAAUAAAAAAAUAAUGAAUUGACA